CUGUAGUUUUUCCAUUAGGACAUCGACUACAAGUCUUUUAAGAUAUUUUUAGACGUGAAAUAAACUUAAAACAUUGACGGUGUUUACAAUAAAAAUGACGCAUACCCGCCGACCUCUUGUCAUUUGAGACACUUAGUAUAAACGUGAUAACGAAGAUAAACGCUCCGAUAGCGUUCCCAAUUCUGUAUCAAACUACAUUAUACUCGUAAGUCGAAUUGUAUUUGCUACCGGUGAAUAUUAAAAGUCGAUUUAAGUGCGAAAAAGUUUAAAAUGUCGGAAAUAGUGCAUGUUCAGGCAGGCCAAUGUGGAAAUCAAAUAGGAUCAAAGUUCUGGGAAAUAAUAUCGGAUGAACACGGUAUCGACCCCACGGGAGCUUGUAUCGGAGACAACCCCCUACAAAAGGAGCGAUUGAAUGUUUACUACAAUGAAGCAUCAGGAGGUAGAUACGUACCUCGUGCGGUGCUGGUCGACUUGGAGCCGGGCACGAUGGACGCGGUGCGCUCCGGACCAUACGGCCAGUUGUUCAGGCCGGACAACUUCGUGUUCGGACAGAGCGGCGCUGGCAACAACUGGGCAAAGGGUCACUACACGGAGGGUGCGGAGCUGGUCGACUCAGUGCUGGACGUCGUGAGGAAAGAAGCUGAAGGGUGUGAUUGUUUACAAGGAUUCCAAUUAGCACAUUCCUUGGGCGGAGGUACCGGUUCAGGCCUGGGCACGCUGCUCAUCAGCAAGAUCAGGGAGGAGUUCCCUGACAGGAUUAUGAACACAUUUAGUGUUGUACCUUCACCUAAAGUGAGCGAAGUAGUACUAGAGCCGUACAACGCAACGCUAUCAGUACACCAACUGGUAGAGAAUACGGACAUGUCCUUCUGCAUUGACAAUGAAGCUCUCUACAAUAUCUGCUUCCGAACAUUAAGACUUAGUAGUCCUACGUACGGCGAUCUUAAUCAUUUGAUAUCGUUAACGAUGUCAGGGGUGACAACUUGCCUGCGAUUCCCGGGACAACUUAACGCUGGCUUGAGGAAACUCGCUGUCAACAUGGUUCCUUUCCCUAGAUUACAUUUCUUCAUGCCAGGAUUUGCACCAUUGACGGCGAAAAACUCGUUCAAUUACCGCGCUCAAACUGUCCCGGAAUUGAUGAGUCAAAUGUUCAACCCUGGUAAUAUGAUGACGGCGUGCGACCCCCGGCAUGGGCGAUACCUCACCGCAGCCACUAUGUUCCGCGGCCGCAUGUCCAUGCGUGAGGUUGAUGAACAGAUCCUCGCCGUGCAGAACAAGAACUCAAGCUACUUCGUAGAAUGGAUUCCUCAUAACCUCAAAGUGUCGGUUUGUGACGUGCCACCACGCGGUCUCAAGAUGUCUGCCACCUUUAUCGGCAACACAACGGCUAUACAAGAAGUUUUUAAACGUAUUUCAGAACAGUUUACUGCCAUGUUUAGAAGAAAGGCUUUCCUUCACUGGUAUACUGGUGAAGGUAUGGACGAAAUGGAAUUCACUGAGGCUGACAGUAACAUGAGCGACCUUAUUUCGGAAUAUCAGCAGUACCAGGAGGCUGGUGUCGAAGACGAUGAAGUUGAAUUUGACGAAAGAGAAGAAGAACAAGAGAAUACUGAAGCUGAGGCAGAAGUUCUGUAGAUUUAAUUCUAAGACUUAUUUAAGUCACUUAUUAAAUUAAGAUUAUUUCGCAAAUCAUUUAUAUUGUAAUAUUUUUAUAAGUUCAGUUAUGUAUAUUACAGGUUUCUUUAAAGCUAAAUUUUAUAUUAUGUUGCUGUAACUAUUGGACAGUAUUUAUACAUUCAAAUUUUAUAAUCAUGAAAAAAUGUUUAAAAUCAAGAUGAUGUGAACUUUUUUUAAAUUUUACUAGCACUUGUUAUUUAUUAUUUUUGUACGAUUGCCCUUUAGCUUAUUUUUGACAAUGUUUCUUCCCUCGAUUCAUUCCAGCUUAUAGUUUAAUUAUCCUUAUGACCAAGACAUCGAAACAUCUACAACAAAGUAACUGACACAAAAUGAUGACGCAAGUUCCCAGGUUUUAUAUAUUUUUUUCGUAAUUAAAGUAAUGUAAGCUCAAACUGUAAGUAAACUAUUUAUAUUACUUCUACUGCCUGUUUUUGCUACCUCAAAUUAUUAAUUUGAUAAUUUAUGAUGACUUCAUUUUGUUAAUUAUUAUUCCAUAUAUGAUGUAUUUUUAAAUAAGGGAAUCACACUUGUUUUUUUUAUUAUUAAAGUUCACCCUGUUGUUUUUAUUAUUAAAAGUUUGAUUAAAA